AUGACCAUUGGUUACAGUUUUCUGAUUGCUGGCGAGCUUAUGUCAGGGGCGAACCAACGGGCAAACAGCCCUAACCAGCCCCUCGCCGUUUUCUGUAGAUUCUUUGACUCCCUCAGCGCCUACGCCGACAUGAAGGCAAGGCCAAAGAGGCUUAAUGAGCGAUUCUCCCCAGGGGAAAUUAUGCCGCAAUUUCAGUUUCCCAGAAGAUCUCGCAGAUUUGACUUGAGGAAUCACACCACGAUUGAAGUUCUUCAGAAUUUCACUGGCAGAUCUGAAGAACUCAGGAGCUAUGUAACCGAUGUCAAAUCACCCCCUCGCUGGCUGUUUUUGUAG